UAAUGAUGGAGGAGAAUUUUCCUCCUCCUCCGACUUUCCCAUGCCAAUGUUCCCCAGCCCACUAAAUUUUUCUUGGACACAAGUGAUGUUUGGAGGCAGACAAAAUAGAAGCCAGAGUCGAAAGAGAGAUCUAGAAGAAAGAAAAAUCUUUGAACUAAUUGUAGUUCAAACAGUACAGUGAGUUCAGAGAUCACACUCCUGAAUUGCUUGAGACUAGACUGUAGGAGGGGAAGCAAAUAGAUGACAGUGAAUGGGUGAAGACACGCAUGGAGGCGGAUGGAUGACGGAGAUGCAACAAUGGUUCAACUUGCCUGAAAAUGUUCCCAUGAUCUCCACAUACUCACCCACGUCUCUCGAAUUCAAUGACCCUUUGAGAUCUUGGAGCAAUCAGAAUUUUGGCCCAAGCAGCUCUCAGACUAGCAAUUGGUUUGCAGAAGCAGCACCUCUCCACCCCAUCAAAGAAGAAGGCCAUCAGCAGGAUUCGGAGGAACCUCUUGAAAGCUUUUCUGAAGUUCCAUCAUCACUGCUCAAGAACACUGGAGGGGGAAGAUGCCCACCUUUUCCAGUGCUGAAUCAGAGCAGCCAUAUGGUAUCAUAUGAUAAUAGUCGAAGAAGGAAGACAUCUCCUGAUAGUUGCUGCAUUUAUUCUGGACGAAAGUGCUCGGAAAUACCCAUCACCUCCCAUGUUGCACCACUUAAGGUCCGAAAAGAGAAACUUGGUGACAGAAUCACCAUGCUGCAGCAGCUGGUUUCACCAUUUGGGAAGACUGACACAGCCUCCGUAUUAUUGGAUGCAACUGAAUACAUCAAGUGUCAUCAUGAGCAGUUGACCGUGCUAUGCGCUCCAUAUGUGAAAAUGGUUGACUCAUGCUCGAAUAUUUCUGCUCAUGCUUUCCAGAGCUAUGAAAUUAAAAAAGAAAUGGAAGGUAAAGAGGACUUGAGAAGUAGAGGGCUAUGUCUUGUUCCCAUCUCCACCAUUUGCAAUGCAGGGAGGGAUGCCUCCAUCAACUCUUGGGCUCCCAAGUCUGGCACAAUCUAUCGGUAAGUAAUCAAACCUGCAUGACGAGGUC